CGGCGCCAUUUUUCUUCAACAACACGAAGCUUCGGUGAUCUGAGGCUCCGUGUCGGGGGGUCCGGAGUCUAUUCCCGGGUUUUAAACACUCCCGGCUUCCUGUUCUGUUCCCCGCGGCUCCGACUAACAAACAGAAAGUCAUUUUUACUUUUGAUUCGGUUACUUACUUCCUGUUUUUGGUCCGGGGACUUGAGUUACCAGGAUGAAGGCGGAACCAUUCCGACCGGAUCACUUUCAGUGACGGACUAGUUUUAGUGAUGGACCAGUUUUAGUGACGGACCGAUCAUACAGGUAGCAAGACAUGGAGCGCAAAGCAGUGAGAGUAUUAUCUUGUGGGGACGUUGAAGGCAGACUGACGGUUCUGUUCAAUCGAGUCCAGAAUAUCCAGAAGAAGAGUGGACCCUUUGAUCUGUUGUUGUGUGUUGGAGAGUUCUUCGGGUCGACAGCAGAAUCUGACGCUGAGUGGGAGGAGUUCAGAAGUGGAGCCAAGAAAGCUCCGAUCCACACCUACGUCCUCGGAGCGGCGGGUCAGCACACGGUGAAGAAGUUCCCCGGAGCUGACGGCGGCGAGCUGGCUGAAAACAUCACGUAUCUGGGUCGGCGAGGUGUGUUCACGGGCGUGUCGGGGUUACAGAUCGCCUAUGUCAGCGGUCGGGAGGCUUCGCAGGAACCGGCGCCGGCUCACUGCUUCACACACAAAGACCUGGCGGCCCUCGUGGCGCCGCUGACCAGCAGCUCCAAGUUCAGAGGGGUGGACAUCCUGCUGACAUCACAGUGGCCCAGAGGGGUGUGGCACUACGGGAACAUGCCGGAAGUGAACAUCAAGUCCUGUGGAAGUGGCGCCGUUUCCAACCUCGCUGAUAAAUUGAAGCCACGAUACCACUUUGCUGCACUAGAGGGCGCCCACUACGAAAGACUCCCAUACAGGUGA